GGGGCAAGCUGGAUGCGGACAAGUUCCUGGGCGCUGAGGGAUGCACCCACAGCUGCUGGGGGGGCUGGCGGGUGUCACUGCGCGGCCACUCCCCAUCAGCUUUGACUGACCGCGGCACCUGCGAGCAGCAUCCAAAAUCUGGGGGAAAGCAAAGAGAAGGGGGAAAGGAGGAGGGAAACCACAGCCCCUCUCUGCCCCCAGCCCACGCUCUGCAACACCGCAGUUCCCAUCCAUGCAUGCCCCGAUCUCCUCUGCCGCCCUCCACGCACACCCCAGCCCCUGCCAUUCCUCACACCCAAACCAUACCCCCUCUAUGUACUCUCCAAUCCCCUCUGUUGCCUUCUAAGCGCUCUCAGAUCCCCGUGACCCACCCCAUCCACCCGUGGAUUCGUCCAGUUCCUAGCACCUCGGAUGCCCUCCAUUCUCACCGCGACCACUCAAGGUCUCUCCAGUCCCCAGUGUUUGCUCUCCCCGCUGGAUGACUGGCAUCCAAGUGUUUGUUCAAAAGCAGCGCUCUUCAGAGCUCCCAGCUACGCCGUUCCCAGUGGGAAUUUCACCCAAGGAGCGGAGCACUCACGGCAGAGAGCAUUGCAAGCACUCUUGCUGGCACAGGCGUUGUUUUCUUUGCAGCUGUGCCAGGCACCACGGUCACUUUCUUCUCAGGCCAUGUUUUCUGCGGGCCAGAAGGGAACCCGCUUUGAUUCCCACCCCCAGGAGAAAGGAGGCUGUGUGGGUCAGGCGCGCUCACCCCACCCACUGCAGAGGGCCCUACAAGUGCCUCUCCCGCUGCGGCCCCACAGCUCUGCGCGUCAGAGGGAGCCCUGUGCUGCAGCCAUGGUAACCCAGUGCCUUCCACUCCUUGCUAGCGUGCUGGUCUUGGCCGCCCCAGGCCUCUCUGUGCCUGCACAAGCCCAGAACACCUCCAAGAAGACCUUCUCCAGCACUUGGACAAACACUCUGAAGAAAGACAGUUGGCCCAAGGACUGCAGUGAGAUCUCUGCAGGCAGCCCCAGUGGCGUCUACGUCAUCCAGCCCUCAGGGCUCCACCCCAUCGUGGUGUACUGUGAGAUGAACGUGACAGGUGGGGGCUGGACGGUCAUCCAGAGGAACCGCUACAACACAGACAUCACCUGGGCCGAGUCCUGGAGCACCUACAAGUACGGCUUUGGGAACGUGCACAGCGACUACUGGCUGGGCACCGAGUACAUCCACCAGAUCGCCAAGCAGAAGGUGUACCGGGUCAGGUUUGUCAUCCAGGAUGCCUCCAACAACAUCAGGUUCGCAGAGUACAACCUCUUCAGUGUGGACAACGAGUCCCAGGGCUACCGGCUGCGGCUGGGCUCCUACUCAGGGACAGCGGGGGAUGCCAUGGACUCGGACAAUCCCAGUAACAUGCACAACAACAUGAAGUUCUCCACAAAGGAUCGGGAUCAGGACACUUCAAGGAAGAACUGUGCAUCCCGCUCGGGGGGCGGGUGGUGGUACUCAGCGUGUUAUUCCGUGCGGCUGAAUUUCAAGGGCGGCAUGACGUGGGGCAGCCUGUGCCAAGGGGACUGCAACUCCUCCCUCAUCCUCAUCAGACCAGCUCCGUACACAUAGCGUCCCUUCCUCACUGGAUGCAGCCAGACCAGGGCUCUGCUGCAGCGCUCGUUGCUGCCUGGGGUUCUGGGUGUGAGUGGGGCUGUUCCUCUAUACCAAUAGCUGUUUCCCUUUGCUCUUUUCCUGGAAAUUAGCAACGGUCGCUGCUUUGUCUGUGGCCCGUCACCUGCGGUGGGUUUCUAGGGCCAUCACUGGAACAAGACCGUAUAAACGUUUUGGUUUUCCUGACCCAGCAAUGACUCGUUCUCUCCCUGCCCUGAGGGUUCAGACUUUGGCAGAAAAAUCUCAUUCAUUGCCAGCUAACCCAACCUACGCUGCUCCGCGCCCAGGCGGAGAGAACAUGCGGCUGCUGCAGCCUGUGCUCAUCCUGCAGAAUAGAACUGCUUUCAGAACCAGCACAGACACGACAACGCCCUUCAUCUGCUGCCAGCUUUUAGCCAGGAGCAGACCUGAGGCUCCUGUUCCAGUAAGAAAUCAGAGGGGAAUUUUUUUGACGAAACAAAUGGGGAAUUAAAGACAAAACUUGCACUUAAGGAAGGGAGGUGGGUUUCAAGGUGUGGAUCUUUCAAAAAGGGAAUGCAGUACCAUACAGCCAAAAGCGAGAGGCGAGAAUGACGGUGCGCUUUCCCCGCUCCCCCUUCUCCUCCCAGUCUGACUGUUGCGCCGUCAGCCUUUCUCCGGCAGGGGUGAGCACAAUCCCGGCUGUUUCCAGCCCAGCUGAUGGAGAAACCGGAGCUGCGCUCCGCAGGAGCUGGGCCAGCAGCAGACUAACGGCAGUGCUGAACGCUGUCUGAUUUAAGCGAGGUUCCGGGGGGCCUAACAUCAAGCUCAAAACUACAGUCACGAUCCGCUAUGACUACGAGCCGUCAUCUCACCCCUAUAAUCAGGAAACAGCCCAGAGCCCUCCCGCUCUCCUGUACCAAAGUGGAACGUAUGGCUGGAUCUCCCCUCGAGUGGGGGAGCCUCUCAAGGUUACAGCUGCUGCAGGAAUUCUUGAUCACACAAUCCCAGAAUCACAGGGGCUGGAAGGGACCUCUGGAGCUCCCCCCGUCCAAAUCCCUCAGUGCAGUUCCCUGCAGUACGCUGCUCGAUACAUCCCUGUUGUUCUCUCACAUACAGAGCAACUCCACUGCCUCUGCUCAUAAUGGCAUUGCCCUUAUGGACGCUGUCCCCCACAUCCUCCAGUUUAAAGCCUGCCGUGCUGGGCUGGCCAGCCUGCUGCCACGGAUUGUCCGGCCUCUCCUGGACAGGAGAAUCCCACCCCUCCCUGGCAGGUUCUCAUCUUCACAAAAAGUCCCCUUGUUGUAGAAACCAAAACCCUCACGCUGACACCAGCCACGCAGCCAGGAGAUUACACGCAUCACGCACCUAUUUCAGGCUUCUCUCUUUCUUUCAGCUGGCAAAACUGAGAAGAUAACGUGGGCUCUAACGUUUUCCAGUUGUGCUCACAGGGCUUUGUGGUCUUUGAUCCUGCCCGUGUUCUGUCUUCCGCUUCUGUUCGUGCCCACAGGAAAGAGCAGCAGCGGAUAGCAGUCUGUGCAGUGUUUCCUUACGCUUGCUGCAGUGAUCUCUUGUGCCUUGAUGUUAAGAGGCUCUGCCAAAAUGGAUCCUCAGUAAGUGACUAACUGUUGACCUGUGUUGUCUUUGCUAAGGUUAUGUCUUAGACUGAUUGUGAGCACAUCAUCCCUCAGACAGAAACCACUGACCGACACGGGGUUCCUGGCCUCCACAGUUAAGGGGUGCAGGAACCAGGGGGGUCCGCUCUGAGCACCGUGACCCAACGGAAGGGUCACCGACAUCAACCCAAUCUGGGACCGAUUAGAUUCCGCUAACAAGGAAUGGAGGAAGCAAGAGGGUCUGCUCCGGACCUCGUGACUGAACAGGAAAGUCUCCUGGUAGCAUGUGUUCAAGCCUAUCCUUUAUGCAGUGAAUGGUCGAGCGCACCUUGACAUCUCAAAUCCUUUGUUAAAUCUCUAUAAACGUUGUUAAAUCACUAUACUGCAUCAAUAAAUACAUUGCUGCUUCUCUCUUAUGAGCCAAGGCUGUAGAUCCCAUCCGGUACAGAGAGUAGGAAGGAAGCACCAGCUCGGUUCAGCCAUAUCCAUUGAUCUGGAGACCGAAACGGGGCCCCCCGGCCACGCUGCUCUCAGCGCUACUGGGAUGUGACGUUCUCGUGCUGAGCAGAGCCAAAUGACCACUUCACCCACCCUUGCUGGCUGCGCUGUUGCUAAUACAGCCCUGGGUCUCUGCAAGGGCAUCCUGCAGACUCCUGGGCAAAGUGCUGCUCACCAGGACGCCUGAGGCCUUUCCUGCCAAUCCUUCUGCUGCCGGUGAAUGGCUGCCCGCGUGGAUGGGUCGCACUUGGGGUUUGGGUGCGACUGUCUUGGGAAGAUCACGGGACAUGGGAGGUGAGGAGGUGAUCCCAGGCAGCCAGCACAGCUUCACCAAGGGCAGAGCAGCCUGCCCCACCUGGUGGGCUUCUGAGACGCAUCGGUCGGAAGCGGCCAAGUAGCUGAUGUUGUCCACCUGGAAUUCUGCUAAACCUUUGACGUGGUGCCCCACCACGUCUGGGAAAUUAAGGACAAAACUGGAGUUCAUCCGGAGGGCAAGCGAGGAAGACCACUGGAUGAAGAAAAAGACUGUUGGUUGGACUGUCGUGACGCUAAAAGGACGCCAAGCAGUAGAAGAGACCAUGGAAUAGAAGACUGGGAACUUCAUAAAUCACUGUCUGAGGUCGGUGUUUGUGGACGGCCGGCUGACCCAGGGAGGUCAGGUUUAUCUCCCCCUGGGUCAGUGCGAGCAAAACAGCUGCUACGGAUCACUGUCUCACACAGAACAACGACGGGAGUAGGCGGAAGGAAUGCGGAGCUGCGAUAGAGACCGCUGUGCCAGGUGCCGUGAGACAAGCUGCAAGCAACUGCAAGUUAUGAGAACCGUGCCUUGUCGUACUUAGCAUGUUAUCUGUACCGCUCUGUACAAACGGCUGCGUGCAGUUAUUAAAUGGCUCGACUACUAGGAACCAGAUGGGUGUGUGGCCUCGUCCCUCGCCGCACCUCGGCUGAUUAUUGCUCUCCAGGGGAUCUCGGACUUGUGGUUUGACAACAGGUGUUCAUGUGUUAAUUGUCUCACAGGUAAUUGAGGAAUAUGUGCUAUCUGUGGAAAUAUAACGGACUCUGAAUCGUGUCAUCUUUGAAGCACUUACGGUGAGUAAAGGAAUGGGAGAGAACGCAAUAUAAAAGGAAUCAAGGGUAGUAGAUCAAAGAAAGGGGAGAGAGAUGUCCUCCUAACUAGGCUGCAGAGUGGCAGUGCGGCCAGAAGGGCCGUGCUUCCAUCACCUCCUUUCCUCCCAGAAACCGUGUGGAGAUGAGCAAGGCUGCUGGGAACAGUAGUUCCCACCUAUCGACCCCAGGAACUGCAGCUUCCCGGCAGCAGCCCCAGUUCUGACAGCGUACUGCAUGAUGUUCUGAUAGGGAAUUCCUGCGAACAAACCAUGACAGUGGGAGAGUAACGAAACCUCUUCUGAAAGCAGCGAUGGAAACGCGCCUACCUUCGGUCAGAUUGCCACCAUUGGCCCUGGCCCAAAUUGGGGCAACACCCAGGGAAGACGUAGGGUUCUCCUGUAUGGAAUGCCUUACCCAAAUUACCCCCAGCCUGGAGGAGAGAAGCAACCAAGCAGUACUUAGCUAAGAUAAAACGGGGAGGUGUCAGUGUGGUGAUGGUGUGCUCUGCCCUUGAACCCAGGACAGGAAUGGCUCGGUGAUGUCCCACUCCUCCCAAGCUAUAGGUGAGGCUUCUCAGCUGAAUGAGGACAGCACCUGGGGAGUGUGGGGUGUGUGAGAGCCGUGCAGAUGGCUCCCAGCAGGGGAAGGGAUGCAGAAACGGGCUCUGCCAAGAGCCACAAGCUCGCUGGGCUCCCUCGCAGCACUGGAAGGGGGUAUUGCACAGCGCCCUGCGGUGUGGCGGAACCAACAGCUGUGCUAGGAAACCGGGACAGCUUUGCCAACAGUUUCUGUGGAGCGUGGGUGUGAGACUCCUGGGCCGUCUGGGCCGGAAUGAGUGAAGACUGUAUACGAGGAUGGACAGCAAUAUUGUCCCAUUGCUGUCCACCCUCAUGGGCAAUGGUUUUGGGGGAAGGGUUUUAAACUGAGGCAGGGGAGGUUUAGGUUGCCUCUCUUCCCCUUCCCCUUCCCCUUCUCUUUUCCCUUUCCCCUUCUCUUUUCUUUCUCCUCUCUCGCUCGCUCGCCUCUGAAUAAAUCAAGGCAAACCCUUGCGCUUGGCA